AUGUCGACCAGCGCUGAUAAUACGAGCAAUAGCAAUGCUUACCGGAUCCCGCUCCUGAAGGAAGACAAUUGGCUCCCGUGGAAGUGCCGCGUCGAGGCCAUCCUUAAUGAUAAGGGUCUCCAGGAGUAUGUGACCGGAAAGACACCAAAGCCGCAGCCGAGUAAUGACCCGGCCAAUAGGGCAGCGAGAGAGGCGGAGAUUAGCGCCUGGGGAGAGAAGGACCUCAAGGCCCAGAACGUAAUUGUGCUAUCGCUGGGAGAUUCUCAGAUGGUGCACAUCGCUGGAGCCGAGAUGGCACGGGCCAUGUGGGAGCAGCUUCGCACAGUCAAGGAACAGCGUGGACAGCAUGGAAUUCUCGCGCUGUGCCGGCGUUUUUACCGGAUGCAAGCCAAGGAAGAAGAUAAUAUCUCCAGUCACAUUACACAGCUACGACAGAUCCAGGAACAACUCCACCUAAUGGGGAAGGUUGUUUCUGACGAAGAUUUCCGGCUCAUUCUGGCUACCUCAUUACCGGAGAGCUGGGACUCUUUCCUCAGCUCUUACUUUGGCGCCGUGGGCGGCAACGUUGGCGCCGAAGGUGCUGACAAUGUGCGCCCUCAGCUUACAUCACAAGAAUUGAUUGCCAUCAUUCUUGAUGAAAAUAGGCGAAGGCACGAGCGUGGCGAGCGCGGUCAAUCCUCGGACCAAGCCAUGGUUGCCAAAGGAAAGAAGCACCCCUUUGGGGAAUACAAAAAAUGUUCGAUCUGCGGAAAGCCGGGACAUCUUGGUAACAAGUGUCGGCACCGCGACAAGGUCAAAUGUAUGAAUUGCGGAAAAUUCGGGCAUAAGGCCACGGAUUGUUGGGCUAAAGGCGGCGGCAAAGCCGGACAGGGCCCGCCGAUGAAACAGCAAAAGACGGAAUGUGCUUACGAAGCGCGCGAGGUCGAAUCGAAAGAGGAUGAGGCAAAAAUAGCCUACGAUAAUGAUAGCGACACUGUAUCUCUCGGAUCUGAUGGCAAAAUCGCUUCUUUCUAUGAGUGGUUUGCUGACUCCGGGACAACUUUGCACAUUACAAAUUGUCGUGAAGUCUUCGCGACCUAUCAGGCGCUCGAAGAUCACGCGAUCACGGGCAUCGGACCGCAACCAACGCAGGCAUUGGGCCGCGGUAUGGUCGAUGUCGAAAGUGAAGUAGGAGACCGAAAAGUGAAAUUCCGUCUCCACGGUGUACUGUAUGCGCCGACAGCACCCAAUAGCCUCCUCUCCAUCACGUGUUUGGACGACGCGGGAGGAAGAGUACUUAUGGGUAAUAGUCGCGUAAUACUAAUAGAUAAAAAUAAACACACUCUUGCUAUAGGCAAGAAAAAUGGACGACUAUAUUCAUUGAAAUUGCGUCCAAUAGUUCCGCAACCUGCGCGAACCUAUACUGCUAAGGAAUACAGCCCGCAUACCUGGGAAGAGUGGCAUAAGAUCUAUGGCCAUAUCGGGAAACCAGCGCUUAUGCGAUUAUAUCGCGAAGGACUUGUUGAUGGCCUAGAAAUCUCGCCAAGCCCAGACGAAAUUAAUUGCGAGGCAUGCAUCCAAGCAAAGGCGACGCGGAAGCCAUUUCCCAAAGAGACGGACGAAUGCAGCAAGGUACCCGGAGAAUGA